CGUGGAGAGAGAGAGGGGUGUGGUUGGCUAUAAACCCUGGGACAGUAGGGUUCUGUUGUUAUCCUCUGUCCUUGCACCCUGCAUCACUCUGUCCUAUCUCUCCAUCCUUCUCCAUCGCUACAUAGUGGGACUCCUCCAUCUGCAACAUCCCUUUAGGAACCCAAAGAGUCAGGAACCAUGCUGACCAUUUUGGCGCUAGCAUCGGUCAUACUGCUUGGAAUAGUGCCCCAACAGUCGGAUGCCAUCGUCAUCUACACGGGCUGGGAGCGUCACGCCCUGGUGGGGUCAGACAUCCGUCUGUCAUGUUCAUUCUUCUCCUGGCGCUGGACUUCCGAUGACGUCACCUUCUCCUGGAGCUACCGUGCCGACGGAGCCAGGGACAGCAUCUCUGUCUUCCAUUACGCAGGUGGAUCCCCUUAUGUGGACAACAAGGGACCGUUCAGAGACAGGCUGGAGUUUGUGGGGAACCCUGGUCGCCGGGACGGAUCCAUCCUACUCAAGAACCUGGACUACGGAGACAACGGCACCUUCACCUGUGAUGCCAAGAACCCGCCUGACAUAGUGGGACGCGCCUCCAGUGUCAGACUGCUGGUCUUUGAAAAAGUUCCCAUCCAGGCCGGAGUGAUCACAGGGGCCAUCAUCGGUGCGGUGCUGGGUCUGUUGGUGCUCGUCGUGGUCAUCUACUAUCUCAUGAGGUUCCUGGUGGCCCGCAGAGUCUUCAACCUCAGUGUCAGCAAACAUGGAAAGAAAGGGAAGGGAAAAGAGGGAUCACAGCAGAGACAGGUCCCUGUUCUCUCCAUCGGGGACCCGUCCAAGCUGAAGGCCGCCGCCUCAGAAAAGAAGAAGCAGGAGUCACGCAAGGAUAAGAAAUAGGAUACGGAGAGCAGAGAGCUAGAGCCCCAAAACACAGCCCACACAGCCCACACAGCCCAGCACAAAGCACUGAGACAGCCAGGAAGAGCAGGAACAGGGGGAGGGGACUCACCCAAGGGGGAGAGGCCUGACAGGGUGCUGAUGACCAUUGAGCUGGAGCUCUCCAAGGGGGACAAAGGGGGGGAGGGGAAUGGGGGUGGGUCUGCCUCAGCCAAAUCAGCCAGUUUCCUGUCCCAGCUCGCCAAAAAACUGAAAAGCGUCAGCUAAAUGGCAUAUAUUAUUAUUAUUAUUAUAAGUGAAUGAGACAGACAGGGGUUUUAAACGGAGGAUGAUACUGUCCGAAAUCAUACUGGAGAGAGAGGCAGAGGAGGGUCUUGGAGAGGCGGUCCUAAUGAACUUAAAUGCCACGUCUCAAAUAGUACCCUAUUCCUUAUAUAGUACACUACUUUAGACCAGAGCCCUAUAGGUAGCAGUGCACUAUAUAGGGAAUAGGGUGCAGUUUGGGAGGCAGAUUAAGUCUGUCUAGUACAGUAUAUUCCUUCCCACGAGAUCUAAGCCAUUACAACUGAAACGAUCAUCAUUAGGGUCUUAAUGCCACGCUGAGGAGAACAUGGACACAAUACUGAGGAGAACAUGGACACAAUACUGAGGAGAACAUGGACACAAUACUGAGGAGAACAUAGACACAAUACUGAGGAGAACAUAGACACAAUACUGAGGAGAACAUAGACACAAUACUGAGGAGAACAUAGACACAAUACUGAGGAGAACAUAGACACAAUACUGAGGAGAACAUGGACACAAUACUGAGGAGAACAUAGACACAAUACUGAGGAGAACAUGGACACAAUACUGAGGAGAACAUGGACACAAUACUGAGGAGAACAUGGACACAAUACUGAGGAGAACAUAGACACAAUACUGAGGAGAACAUGGACACAAUAGUGCUUCCAAAAGUAUGAUAAGUCAAUGAAAGCCCUCCGACUACUAACUGUUAGUGUCAGGUCAGGAAACAGGCCUUCUGGAUCGCAUCACCUGACUGCUGGUUGGAUAACAACAUCUGACUGCUGGUUGGAUAACAACAUCUGACUGCUGGUUGGAUAACAACAUCUGACUGCUGGUUGGAUAAGAGCGUCUGCUAAAUGACUUAAAUGUAAUGUAAUGUAACAUCUGACUGCUGGUUGGAUAACAACAUCUGACUGCUGGUUGGAUAACAACAUCUGACUGCUGGUUGGAUAACAACAUCUGACUGCUGGUUGGAUAACAACAUCUGACUGCUGGUUGGAUAACAACAUCUGACUGCUGGUUGGAUAACAACAUCUGACUGCUGGUUGGAUAACAUCUGAAAAGCUUUGUUUCCAUCCUGUCAUCUUAGAUUUGAUGCAAGGCAGUAUUUCUCUACCACGUCUGUCUGACACUCAUCACAAGGGUCCUGGAUACAGGGACAACCCAAUUUGUUAUUUCCAUCUGUGUCCCAAAUGGCAUCUUGUUCCCUACAUAGUGCACUCUGGGCCUUGGUCAAAAGUAGUGCACUGUGUAAGGAAUAGGGUGCCAUUUGCCCUCACACUGGCGUUCUCUCUUUCCCUUUCCUCCUUUCAGUGGAACACAUUGCAUUCAGACUCUUCUC